AUGUCCCUGCAUCGUCCCUCCCCGCCAAUCCACCUCGCCCCCCCACCAUACCCAAUCGCUAUCCGCCCGGAGCGCAUCGCUCCCAGAGAAACAGAGCUGACGGUCCAAACGGCCCCAGAACCCUGGCACACCCUCGACUACACCGUCGCCUACGAGGGCGUAACAGUCUUCACAGUCCGGGGCCGCCCCUGGUCCCUCAGCCAGCGGCGCACCUUCUUCGACACAACAGGGCUCCCGCUCUUCGAGCUGCGCGGGUCCUGGUACGACUCGUCGCGCCUGGACCUGCGACUCCCCGGCACCAGACACAGCAUCCUGCAUGCGCGAUUACGCGUCGAGAUCCGCGCCCCCCGGGCGGAAAUCACUUUCAAAAAUGCGGGGGUCGACUGCGGGGUGAACGGACCUGAGGUGAAGCUCGAGGUGAAGGACCACGAUCUGGACAAUAUGGUCCAUGUUGUCGUUCUGGGAGGCCGGAACAUAGCUAUCAUUCAACGCGUUACGGACUCCCGCGAGCUGACGGAGGGGCAGCGGUUGCCGUUUCGGUUGCGGCCGAAGUGGAGGGCGAGGGUUGCUGCGGGGGUGGAUCUGUCUUUGAUUGCCGUUCUUGUUGUUAUUAUCGGCCAGAGGGUGGCGCCGAACCCAAACGAAGGGACUGGUGUUCUGGAGCGAGACGUUUGA